AGCGGCCGCUGGAUCUCUGACAGGAGGCUCCGUUUGGAAGCCGGCAGUGAUCGCGGAGGAGAAUCGCUUUCUUUCCCGUUAUGGCGGCUCGGCCGAGCCUUCCCGUCGCGGGGCCCGUGGGCGCCUGAGGGACGCGUAAGCCCCGCCGCCUCCGCCAUGGCCGGCGAGGAGCCGCAGAAGUUCCUGGCCCCCGACGAGCCCAGCGCCCUCCUCUUCUCCGCGCCGCCCCGCGCGCACGGCGCCGGCGGCCUCGGCUUGUGCGAUGAGGGGUCCGCCUGCCUGGACGUCAGCGACUUCGGCUGUCACCUCUCGUCCUGCCACCGCACGGACCCUCUGCGCCGCCUCCACGCCCACAGGUGGAACUUGACUUCAUGUGGCACGAGUGUAGCCAGCUCUGAAUGCAGUGAAGAACUGUUUUCAUCUGUCUCUGUCGGUGACCAGGAUGACUGCUUCUCACUUUUGGAUGAUCAGGACCUGACAUCUUUUGAUUUGUUCCCGGAGGGUAGUGUCUGCAGUGAUGUCUCUUCUUCCAUUAGUACAUAUUGGGACUGGUCAGACAGUGAAUUUGAAUGGCAGUUGCCUGGCAGUGACAUUGCAAGUGGAAGUGAUGUGCUUUCUGACAUCAUACCCAGUAUAUCAAGCUCUCCCUGCAUGCUCCCAAAAAAGAAAAACAAGCACAGGAAUCUUGAUGAGCUUCCAUGGAGUGCAAUGACUAACGAUGAACAGGUGGAAUAUAUUGAAUACCUGAGUCGUAAAGUCAGCAUGGAGAUGGGGCUUCGAGAGCAGCUUGACAUCAUUAAAAUUAUUGAUCCCACAGCUCAGAUUUCUCCUACAGACAAUGAGUUUAUUAUCGAACUAAAUUGCCUCACUGAUGAAAAGCUGAAACAGGUCAGAAAUUAUAUCAAGGAGCAUGGCCCCCGGCAGCGGUCUGCAAGGGAGAACUGGAAGCGAAGCAGCUACAGUUGUGGCAGUGCCAGUGGAGUGAGCGGUGCCAGCGCCAGCAGCAGCAGCGCCAGCAUGGUCAGCUCAGCGAGCAGUAGCGGUUCCAGCAUUGGCAACUCUGGUUCAAACUCCAGCGCCAACAUGAGCCGGGCUCACAGCGACAGCAACUUAUCUGCAAGUGCUGCAGAGCGAAUCAGGGAUUCAAAAAAACGUUCUAAACAGCGCAAGCUUCAGCAAAAGGCUCUGCGCAAGAGACAACUGAAAGAGCAACGGCAGGCUCGAAAGGAGAGACUGAGUGGUUUGUUCCUUAAUGAAGAGGUUCUUUCUUUAAAAGUCACUGAGGACGACCAUGAAAGAGAUGUGGAUGUCUUGAUGUGACAGGAGUGAUUUUUUAUUUUAUUUUAAAUCAGUGUUCUUUCUAAGCCUUAAGCCUAUUAUAUUGUUUACAUAUACUUUUACCAAAUUUUGAUUGGAGCGGGGGCUAGUUAGCCUGUGUCCCUCAUCUAUAGUUUAAAAGCAAAAAAAAAAGGCAUGUGAUAAGAGAUUAAGAGGAUACUUUAAAAAAAGAAAAAGAAACUAAGGCUAAUUUAUUUUGCUUUCAAAUAUCUGUGAGUACUUUACUGAAAAGUUUGCUUUUUGUUUGUAAUUCCGCCUUAACCAGAUAGAUAUAAUAGUUGUUCUUUGGGUAAGAGUAUUUCCCCCUCUAGCUGCUUUUUGGCCUGAAUGGCUUAAUGUUAUUUUCUUUAAAAAACAAAACAAAAAACUGCAACUCCAUUAAUAGUUACUGGGUGACAUGUCCCAGUGGACGUGGCAGGAUUGCUUUUCCUUCUCCUUCCCCCCGUGCCCUCCCCAUCUGCUCUGAAGGAUCCCUCAGUUUUUGCAGAGCAGAUUUUGGGAAUGUUGGGGAGGGCUACAAGGGCAAGUCCUGUUUGCACAAGCAAGACACUACAGUUUGACGUCGCACAUUUUUGUUCCUACUGCAAUCAUAUCAAGGCUUUAAGGCUACACAAAAUCAUUUUUAGAUUUAUUGAAAUAAUUAUUAUUUAAUUUUUAUUUUGCCCCAUGCCCAUAGAACUCAGGGCGGUUCGCAACAUAAAAUUACAAUAAAAAAGGAAUACAUAAUAAAAACAGAAACAAAGAAACCCCAAUAAUCCUCCCAUGGCUUCAUUUACUGCAGGGACUGGGGAACCUUUUAAGCCAAAUGCACCCCAUGACUAACGUAUAUGUGGCCCACAAGGGACUAUUGAACCUGCGUUUCUGCUUGCCAGGGAAUUCAAAACCAGGCAGGCAGAAAGUGCUUGCAAGUGCCUGUCAGGCCAUGAAAUAUGGCUACAUAUAGCCGAGUGGGUCAUUCAUGGUGUGAAGGCCUGAUGUGGUGUUACAAAGCAAUAGGACAAUCUGGUGAAGGAAACUUCUAGAAACAAAUUCACAUUUCCUCCCUCUAGAUGCAUGUGUGUAUAUGUUCCAAAUCACUGUAGUGUCAUGUGCCUUAAAAUUUAUUUGAGACCUUUAAAGUGAAGGUUUUGAGGAGAACAUUGCAAAAUUGAAAUUAAGCAGAUAACAUUUUCCUGGUGUUUCAAAAAGAUAAUGUUUAUUUCUCAAAGCCCUGUUCAGCUUUUUUGGGGGAAAAGGCAGCGGUUGAGAGAUUUCCAUCCUGACCUUAUGUUUUUGCAUAAAACCACAUAUUUCUUCAUUCAGUUUCAUGGUUAAAGUGAUCUCAUUUGGUUAAUGUUUAUGAGUGGUUUCAUGACAUUAUUUGCUAUAACAGAGUUAACCAGGUGUGUUUAAAAGACCCAUUGCACAUCUUCAUUACUGCUGCCCCUACAUUGUUUAGCUUUCAUAUUGUGAAUCUGUCGGAGAUGCACUAAAUUCAGCGUUAUGUGCAUCCUCCGAUACCAGCUAGGAAGCAGCUUCUUCCAUUUCAGACUAACCUCUGUUUAUUUCACUUGAAGUGUUACAAACUGGUUAGUGUAAGCUACUGUUUUUCUAAAGAAGCUAACUCAAAGGUUGGUUUCUCAUCUUGGCUCUUUUGCAUAAACCAUGGUUAAAAGCAACCGUAGUUCCCAACUCAGGUGAAAGUGGCAAACUCUGGUUAGCUUAAAACUGAAGUGGAUGUUGCUGAUCUCUGUACGGCCACACAGGAUAAAGAGAUAGAAAUGGGGAGCAGGUUCAUGCAUGUAAUGCUAAGCUGUAGUUUAAUGUUUCUGAAUCACAUCUAACUUUUAGGAACUGAUGAUACUGUGGGUGAAUUUCAAGUAGUUACAAGUGUUGGACAUUCACUAGAUAAAGGGAUUUCUGCUUUAAAAGUGGUUCUUAAUGAUGUGAUACUCCUGGCUCUAAUUCUAAAAAGUUUCUACUAAAAUCUUGUUUCAUUAGGCAAUCACACAUAACACACACACACACAUACCCCUCCCCCAAAGCAGGAAACAUUUGUUUUGAAGUAGCUCAUAGCUCACAGGUAAAAUACUUUGG